CCAUCAGAGAUGGCCCCUGCCAAAGUGAGCCUGAGAGCCACCGUCCUCUGCCUCUUGGCCUGGGCUGGCCUGGCCACCAGUGACCGGGUGUACAUCCACCCCUUCCACCUUCUCACCUAUAAUGACAGCAGCCUUAAGGAGACGGGGGGAGCCCACGAAGAAGGACCUCCAGACCCGACCUUCGCCCCCGUUCCUAUUCAGGCCAAGACAUCCUCUGUGGACGAGAAGGCCCUACAAGUCCAGCUGGCAUCAGCAGUAGAGAAACUGGAGGAGGUUGACAGGCUGAGGGCCCUGGAGGUUGGAACACUGAUCAACCUGAAGGGCCUCCAUAUGUACACGGUGCUGAGCAAGACGUGGCAUACGGCCCAUGUGCUCUCUCCAGUGGCUCUCUUUGGUACCCUAGCCUGUUUCUACCUGGGGGCCGUGGAUCCCACAGCCAGCAAAUUACAGACAUUCCUGGGUGUCCCUGUGGAGACCCAGAGCUACACCUCCCGACUGGAUGGGCGCAAGGUCCUCUCUGCACUGCAGACCAUCCAGGGCUUUCUCGUGGCCAAGGAUGGAGAGCAGGGUGAUGCCCGGCUGCUUCUGUCCACGGUCGUGGGCCUGUUCACAGCUCCCGGCCUGCACCUGAAGCAGUCAUUCGUGCAGGGCCUGGCUCCCUUUGCCCCAAACACCUUUUCACGCUCUCUUGACUUGUCCACUAACCCUCAUCUCGCUGCUGAGAAGAUCAAGACUUUCAUCCAGGCUGUGACAGGGUGGCAAAUGAGCAUACCCCUGGCAGAGGUCAGCCCGGACAGCACCCUGCUUUUCAACACCUUUGUCCACUUCCAAGGGACGAUGAAGGGAUUCUCCCUGCUGGCAGAGCCCCAGGAGUUCUGGGUGGACAACACCACCACAGUGUCCGUGCCCAUGCUCUCAGGCACUGGCACCUUCCAGCACUGGAGCGAUGCCAGCAACAGCUUCUCGGUGACCCGUGUGCCCUUCAGUGAGAAUGCCUGCCUGCUGCUGAUCCGGCCUCAGCACGCCUCAGACUUGGAGAAGGUUGAGGCCCAUACUCUCCAGGUUGACUUCCUGACCCGCAAGAAGAAUCUAGCUCCUCGGACCGUGCACCUGACCAUGCCACAGCUGGUGCUGGAGGACUCCUAUGACCUGCAGGACCUGCUCACCCAGGCCAAGCUGCCCACCCUGCUGGGCCCCGAGGCGCACUUGGGCAAAAUAAGCGACGGCAACCUCAGAGUUGGACAGGUGCUGACCAGCGUCCUUUUCGAACUCAAAGCCGAUGAGGGCAAGCAGCCCCCAGAGUCAGCCCAGCAGCCCGGCGGGCCUGAGGCCUUGGAGGUGACCCUCAACAGCCCGUUCCUGUUCGUCGUCUAUGAGCAGCGCGCAGCCACUGUCCACAUCCUGGGCCGUGUGAUCAACCCGCAGCCCAGGGACGGGGCUCCAGGCCAGAGGGGGAGGACCCAGAAGGCAGGCGCCAAUUUGUCACCACAGUCUUCCACUUUUCCUUCUCGUUAGGUCGUUUCUCCGUGGUAGAAGACUUGCUGUGUAUAAUGAGCAGCAGGAACCUGGCGCCCCACACUUCCUA